UUCCACGCUGGGUUUUAGUUAUUUUUCCUAAAACAAGUAUUCUGAUGACUCAUUUCUUUCAUUUUUACCACCUCUCCAAUUCCACCUACAUCUCAGCCAUGAAGAGCGAGCCUAACAGGAAUUACUCAGAAGUGACUGAGUUUGUUCUACUAGGAUUCAUAACCCCUCCAAAAGUACAGAUCCUCUUAUUCCUAGUGUUCUUGCUGAUCUACAUGGUCACUGUGGUGGGAAAUAUUAGCAUGAUAAUUGUCAUUAAGGUGGACUCCAGACUUCAUAUGCCUAUGUAUUUCUUCCUUAGAAACUUGUCCUAUUUAGAUCUCUGCUACUCCACAGUCAUUGCUCCCAAAACUUUAGCCAACUUCCUAUCUAAGGGAAAGAAGAUUUCUUACAAUGGCUGCGCAGCCCAAUUUUUCUUCUUUGCCCUGUUUGUCACAACUGAAGGCUUUCUUCUGGCUGUCAUGGCAUUUGAUCGAUUCUCGGCCAUUUGUUCCCCUCUCCUUUACCCCGUGCACAUGUCCCAGAAAGUCUGUGCUCAGUUGGUGACUGGAUCCUACAUCUGUGGAGGCAUCAACUCCAUGGUUCAAACAGGUUUCACCUUCAGUUUGCGUUUCUGUGGAGAAAACACACUAGACCACUUUUUCUGUGACGUCCCAGCCCUGAUCAAGAUCUCCUGUGCGGACACAUCUGUGAACGAGAUUGUGUUGUUCAUUCUCUCGGCCGUCAUUAUCAUCACCACCACAACCGUCAUUGUGGUUUCCUAUGCUUACAUCCUGUCCACCGUCCUGAAGAUCCCCUCGACCCAUGGCAGGGGUAAGACCUUCUCCACCUGUGGCUCCCAUAUAGCAGUGGUGAGUUUAUUCUAUGGGGCUGUAUUCUUCAUGUAUGCCCAGCCUGGGGCUAUCUCCUCUCCAGAGUCAAACAAGAUUGUAGCUGUGCUGUACACACUGGUAAUACCGAUGCUAAACCCUCUAAUAUACAGUCUGAGAAACAGAGAUGUGAAAGAGGCUAUGAAAAGAAUACUACUACACAGGAAAUGA